AGUGACAAUGACAGCUAUUAAUAGUGUCAGGCAGUGUGCGAGGUGCUUGGAUUAUAAUACGAAAUAAAGAAUUCUUUAUUUAUUACUUAAUUGUAUUGCCUAAAGAAAAACGGCAUGAGAGGAGCCAGUACACUUAUACCAGCUCGAUUUCUGACCCUCAUUGGGCAUUUGUGUGUAGUCGUAACGUUAUUAUGGGAGAGCAAGCAGAGCGUACGUCAUUGUUUACCAAGCCAAUAUCACUCGAAUUAUAUCCAGAUUUAUCACAACCGAUUACCAAUGAGCUUCAGCAGCUAACACCAUCGAACGAUUAUAAGCCAGGAUGGUCCUUCUACUUGAUCUUGGCUGGAGUAGCGACUACGCUUGGCUUGUCCCUGCCCGUUGGAUACAAUAUAGGAGUUAUAAAUACCUCUGCUAUGUUGAUUAAGCAAUUCUGCAACGAGAGUGUGAUAGCCCAUUACGAUGUAGUCUUGGACAAGGGAUGGCUGGACAUGCUAUGGUCGACAGUCGUGUCCAUAUUCAUAAUAGGCGGUUGUACCGGUUCGCUUCUUGGUGCUGUUCUCGCCGAUUACCUCGGAAGGAAGAAGUCGAUAAUAACUGUGAGUGGGCUGUCAAUAGUGGGCGCGAUGCUUUUCGUCUUCUGUCGUGUUGCGAACUCUGUGGAGAUGCUUCUACUGGGCCGAUUAUUGGUCGGACUAGCGGCAGGUUUGACAACGAGUAUAGUGCCCAUGUACCUGACGGAACUGGCCCCGCUGAAGCUGUCAGGCACCAUGGGCAUCGCGUGUCCCAUGGGUGUCAACGUCGGUGUACUGGUGGGGCAGGUCAUGGGGCUCAACUUCUUGUUGGGCGGUGUUGAUGAUUGGCCUUAUCUAUUAUCCGUUUACGUGUUGCUAGUCAUUUUUUGUUUACCCAUGCUCUUUAUUUUACCCGAAAGUCCAAAGUAUCUAUUUGUUAUUAGGAGAGACGAAGAAAACGCUUUAAAAGCUCUUAGUAGGUUAAGGGGCGUCUCUAAUAGUGUUCUCGGUGAGGACGUGGAGUUGUUGAGGGAGGAAUCUCGUACAUCUGCGGAUGGCGAAGAGAGCUGGAGCUUGGGCAAGGUGGCAGCUGAUGGCAGACUGAGGCGAGCUCUACUAGUUGUGUGCGCUAUGCAGGCGGGGCAGCAGACCAGUGGCAUUAAUGCGGUGUUCUACUACUCGCAGACUAUAUUCGAGCGCGCGGGUCUGUCCCCGAGCAGCGGCCAGUACGCCACCAUCGGGUGCGGGGCCGUGAACGUGUGCACCGCGGCACUGAUGGUGUGGCUGAUGCCGCGCGCCGGCCGCCGCAAGUUGUUCCUGGCGUCCACCGGUGCCGCUGCGGCAUUGCUCGCGGCACUGGCGCUCUCUAUGCGGGCCAUCACGUUGGUGAGUUGGAUGCCGUACGUGUGCAUGGCGGCUGUUCUCGCGUACGUGUUGGCGUACGGGUUCGGUCUCGGACCGAUACCAUACUUCAUUGCAUCGGAGAUGUUCGAGGUGGGUCCGCGUCCGGGCGCGAUGGCGUGGGGCUCGUUGUCCAACUGGGGCGGGAACUUCCUCGUGGGCAUGACCUUCCCCACGUUACGGGACGCACUAGGACCUUACUGCUUCCUACUGUUCGCGGCCCUAACCGCUGGCUUGUUUGUCUUCGAAGCGUUUUGUCUUCCGGAGACGAGCGGCAAGACUCCUGCGCAAGUCGCGGAACUUUGCUCACUAGGCCGCCGUCGCCAUCCACGCCUUCCAUAACUUAUUCAAACACUGCCUAAGUACUUAACAUAGUUUUUUAAGUAUAGUUUAUGUUAAAGACAAAGGAAUGUCAUACGGCCGCUAUCUCUAGUUAUUUUAUUUUAUAUAAAAAGGCAAUUAAGUCAUUUACAUGAUUUUUAUAAACGGUGUGAGGUUAUUCUUAUAGAAAAUAAUUAAUCUCUCCAUUCAAGUUUCUGAAUUUGAUAUUAGCACUAAUAUGCAUUAAAUUUACAUUAAACAAAUGAUUUUGAAUUAUAUAAUAGAUAAAAAUUGAGGAUUAUAUACAUGUAAACAGUUCUAUCCUGUUAUGGCAGCGGCUUUGGCUAAAGAUCAGCUUUGCAAUCUUACACAGAGAGAACUAAUGUAAUAAAUGUGAUAAGAAAGUGCUUUUUCAUACAUUAUGAUGAUUAAUAAGAAUAUGUAGCUUUUAUAUAUGAGAUACUAGUAGAAUCUCCAUAGGUUUGCCUUUUAAGUAGAAAAAUUUUGUUAUUUUUUUUAUUUUGAAGAUGUUAUGUCUGUUAUAGUAAACUCGAAUAUUUUGAAUAAAUCCCACUAGUCGUCCAGGAGUAUCGCUUCGACGUUUAAGGAAUUUAUUUAACUUAUUUUUUUAAUCAUAUUAUGUACACGCGGCUGCACGUUAGACUAUGAUAAUAUACAAAAUUUCCUCAAUUGAUUUUGAACUCUGCCUACAACGCAUUAGGUUUAAAAUAAAGUGGAAUAUUAUGACAGAAUUGUAGUCUGACGUGUCGACUUAGUACAAUAAAUGCGAGUACUUAAUUUUUAUUUACAUUUAAGCUAAGUUAUCUUAGUGAAUAAACUGCCAAAACUGAAAGCUGGAAUUUAUCUCUACGGUUCGUUCAAAUCGAGUUUUAUUGUUGUGAUUUGAAUUUUAUGAUAAAUAAAUAAGGUUUAAUUUAGAAUAAUUCUCUAGGCAGCUAUUGGGUAAUGGUGCUUAAUAUAUUACGUAUGAGGUUUAUAAUGUAAGCUACAUCUAUAUGACAAAAUCUAAUAAUAAAUCAUCUUCUAGUUUUUGGUGAUGAUUUAACUUUAAUUUAAAUAUUUAAGAACGAAGUUGUAUUAGGUAAGAAUAUUUCGGGCCAGGUACUAGAAGAACCCUGAUUUGAGACAUAAGGUGCGUUUCCCUUUAUUUAUGACUUUGGAUAGUUUUAUUUAAUUAUUAUUGUUAAGUAGCACAAAGAAUAAAUAUAUGAUUCCCUUUCUUUAUAUAUUGUUUGUAUCGCGUAGGUUUCAACUAAAUUUCUUGCUUGGUUUUAAAGAAAAGCAAAAAAGAAAGCUCAAAUUAUACAAAUAGGUAUAUAUUUAUAUAUAAUAUUUUAAUCAAAAGGUAUGAUUUCGUGAAACGAAUGAUAAAUAUUAAAAAGAAAAGGUUGCAUUCGGCUUAAAGUAAUUUUAAGGCUUUGCAUCAAUAUUUAGAACAUAGUAUAUUGUUGUAAGUUGUAAUCGUCCAAGUUUGUUGUUAAAUUUCGCACUUACGGUUUUUUUUAUAAUGCAUUAAAAUGUUUUCUAGAUAAAUGCAUAAACAUUUUGAGUAC